AUAUGCAGAGAUGGAACAUGUGUGAGCAACUGUUGUGGUCAGCAAGAGGCACUAAAUAAGGAUUCUAACCCACGCUGCCUGCCAACUAAUGUAAAAAAAUCUACAUACAAUUACAAGACCAUAAGCGGUAGUCCAAUCGAAGCUCCAAGUGAUGAAGUGAUUAUUACUAUUGUGCCUGACUGUAAAACAAUUAUUUUCCUUGACUGUGAACGUUACUAUCUACUUCCAAAUGGCCAGUUGUAUGAAUAUGAGAAGAGUUUUACAUAUGGCUUAAAUACCUACUGUAUUACACACAAUGAAACCGGUUCCAUGACUGGAGCGUUUGCAUGCCAUGUUCCUCAGUCCAAGGCAGGGACUGUGAAAAGUUAUUUUCAGUCAGUUGGGGUGAUAUUAUCAGCCAUAUUUCUCAUAGUGACAGUACUCUUCCACAUUUUCAUCCCAGAACUACGGGACAUGCAAGGCCUCUGUCUGCUGUGCCAUAUGUCCUCGCUUAUUGUUGCAGACUUGGCCUUAUUUACAUCCUAUAUUUUCUCACAAGAUUUGACUCGAACUCAUUGCAUUAUCAACGGAGUAAUUCUUCAGUUUUCAUUUUUGGCAGUGUUUUUCUGGCUGAAUGUAAUGUGCUUUGACAUCUGGCGAGUAAUAAGAGGCACUGUUCACUGCAUACCAAUAACUGGUAUCUUGGCCAAUGACGCUAAAAAAUUUCGGGUGUACUCUACCUAUGCGUGGGGUGGCCCUGUGAUCGUGACGGUCGUGGGGAUAAUAGUGGAGAAUCUUCCAGAUCAUCCUACUUUCAACAGCCUGAUUCGGCCAGGAUUUGGAAAGGUGUCAUGCUGGUACCAAGGUGAUAUUGAACGCUUAACACACUUUUAUGGAAUAGUGGCACUUCUGUUCGUGAUGAACCUCCUGCUGCUGGGCCACACCGUCUUCAUGUUAUACCAGGCUGGCAGCGCCUUCCAGUGCUGUGCCCGCCAGUUCAACAUCACCGCAUUUAACAGACAUCACCUUGAAAUAUUCUGGCAGCGCUUCACUCUGUUCCUUUUGAUGGCUCUAUGUUGGACCACAGAGAUUCUUUCAUGGAAAAUUCCUCCCCCUGAACUAUGGUUCUUGACUGAUGUUUUAAACUCACUGCAAGGAUUUAUUAUCUUCUUGAUCUUCAUUAGUGGAAAGAAAAAACGUGAACUAGUACGAGAUGCUUUGACUGGAACCAUUUCUGCAGUGUCAAAUGCGGCGAGGAAGAUAUCUAUGAGUAAUGACACUGCGGCCACCUGGCAUCAAGAUACAAACUCCACAUCAGUUUUAAUGCAUCAUCAAACACAUGGGAUGACAUAUUUAGCAACAAAUUCUAUGGAAGAAAAGAGAGACAAUUAACACAAUGCAAUAUAAAAAAAAAAUUAGCUACAAGAUGCAAAUCUCACUUGAAAAUAAUAUUCAUGUGUUAUUUUGAAUAACAAUUAUCGAAAGUAAGUGUAGCCAAACCAUAAAGGCUCAGUGCUCCCAGAAGACACUCAUUAAUUACAACAAUAUCUCUUUUGUAUCAAAUAUUUAAGUUCUGCUUAUAGAGUAUAGAUUUUGAUUGUGUAUUUUGUUAUGAUAUUUGGUAGUCUAAAAUCUCUAGGAGGGAAGGUGGUGAACUGGACUAAUUAUAAAACAGUAUUUGUACUCAAAUUAUUUAUUGUAUACACGAAAAACAAAUUGUCUGAAACAAACUGGUAUACAAUUUUUUUUAAUUUUCAUGUUUACCUCCAGCAGAACAUAAUAAUUUAUCAAUGAUAAAAUAAAACCCAAUUAAUAGAAGUACUGUGAUACAGAGGAGCUAAUAAUAAUCUGUUAGUGGGAGGCACCAGGAUUCUUACUAAUAGAUUAUUGUUCCCUACAAAACUCAGUGUAGUGUUGUACAACAACAUUACAUUGCAACUGCUGCUCCCUUAAACAAUCUCCAUCCCUCUAUAACCCUCAACCUGUAUUAUAUUUAAAAUGUUGUUUACAGUUGUCUUAAUAAUCUACAGUUACUUUACCAUAUGUAACUAAAUUAUUAUUGCUUCAAGUAAAAUCAUACUUCUGUGUUUUCUGAUUAGCUAGCUGCUUGAAUCCACUUUACGAUAUUGUUGUUUAUACUUUACCAAACUUUUUCCUUACCCUAAUAUCUUACCCCAGAAUUAGUGUAUUUUAUUGUUUUAUUUGUUAGUGUUAAUAAUAAUAAUAAUAAUAAAAA